AUGAAGAACCAAACCAGACCAGCUUUUAUUCAUGUUUUACUUAUCUUUUCGGCCCUGUUUCACUCCUAUUCCACCUCAGUUUCAGCUCAAGAAGUUGAGGAUGAACAAGAAUUUAGUUACUCGGAGGAAAGUGGGAAAGGACCCAAUCAAUGGGGAAAUAUCAAGAAAGAAUGGUCUGAUUGCAAAACUGGAAAAAAUCAAUCACCAAUUGAUAUUCCGAGUCGUAAGACGAAGGUAAUAAAGAAUCCUGGAAGGCUAGAUAUGUUAUAUAAGCCCACAGAAUUUAUUGUUAAGAACCGAGGCCACGAUAUUUCGUUGAAAAUUCAUUGGCUGAAGAGUGCGGGUUCAAUCAAAAUCAAUGGCACAGAAUACUUUCUUCAACAGGCACAUUGGCACUCUCCUUCUGAACAUGCCAUUGAUGGCAGAAGAUACGCUUUGGAGGUACAUUUGGUGCACCAAGCCAAGGACCCUAAAGUGAAGCACAAUCUAGCUGUUGUUGGGCUACUUUACAAGUAUGGAAAACCCGAUGCUUUCCUCUCCAAGCUCUUAGGCAAGAUUAGUGCCACGAAUGAUGAAAUCCAUGAAAAGCCAUUGGGGUUUGUUGAUCCAACCCAUAUUGAUACAAGGAUGGGUGGCAAGGCGUAUUACAGAUACAUUGGUUCUUUGACUGUCCCUCCUUGCACUGAAGGUGUCAUUUGGUCAGUCCAGAAGCAGGUAAAACAAGUUUCAGAGGAGCAAGUUCAUGCAAUCCGUGUACUUGUGCAUGAUAAAGCAGAAGAAAAUGCAAGACCAGUGCAGCCACUAAAUCAAAGAGAAGUAGAACUUUACAGUCCCAUAUGAAAUCUAGAACCUUAUACUGAAUUUUUCCCUUAAAUUCUUUUAUUUUUUUAAUCAUUUAUGUUAUAUAAAUGUCCAUACAUUUGUAUGUCCUAUAUUAUUUAUAGUUUUUUUUUUAUAUUUUAGAAAAUGAUACAGUUAAGUGUGCUUUAACCCACAGUUUCGCUAUUGCAAUACCGACUGAAUUAAAAUUCAAUCAAUCUAUUUAUAUUACUUUUAAAA